CAAAUUGGCUGUCAACAUAGACAUCUAUUACAACCACAUGCCAAUGUGUAAAUUGAGCACCCAUUCAGUCAAGUGAAAGACCUUGUCCUGACUUUGACUCUGGCCUCCGCCUGUCCAUAUCUGCAACGUCGAUCAAUGCAAAUUUCUGAGCUGAUCAAACUGGCCAAGAGUAGCAGCCUACGCAGCGGCAGCGGCUCAAGAAUUAUUAUUAAAUUCGAUAUAAAUAAUAUUCGCAACCGCCGGGCCCCGCGAUCCCCUCCGCCGGACAGUCUGCUGAUUAAUAAAAGACGGCUGCCGUGGCAGAAGUUCCGAGAUGGCCCGCGGUGCUUAAAAAUUCUGAGGCAUCUGUCAAGUCGAGCGAAGGUGAAGGUUUCGCGCAGGCGCAGCAGGACCUGGUCUGCAGAUCUCGAGAUCUGGGGAUCUGGGUAG